GUCCCAGUUCAGUUCCGACGUAAUUUACAACACUCUCUGUGGUCUCUCUCUCCCCCCACCACCACCCCUCCUCAGUGACAAGCAGAGCAGCAGGCAAACAGGCAGGACGGCAGAUGUUGAAAACGCUCCCAUGUCUCAUGUCCAAUAACCGGACGGGACGCAUGUUUACAUCCACGCGGCUUUCAGAGGCGGAGAUGUGCGCGCGCCCCGGUCACUCUGCUGCGGGCGCGUGAGCAGCUCGGAAUAAACGGGAUCCUCCGGCAAGUGGCCCACCAAAACAUGCGACGGAAAGUACCGGAUUGUUUUGCUGACAGAAACACCGAGCCCACAACACAAGAGAGGAGAGUGAACCAUGAAACGGAGUGAUUCGCUGCGGAACAGAGGUACGUGGUUUGGUUUUACUCAGAUCUGCCUGAUGCGUUCAAUGUCUCUCCUGUCUCUUCAGGAGCUCGAAUGCGUCAAUCUAUGAGGCAACAUUAAAAGCUGCUGCUAUGUAAACAAGGCUGAAUUGUGAAUUGUUGAGUAAAUUGUGCUCUAGGGAGGCAGGGAAGCACACACACUGGCUGACACGGACUGUUCAGCUGUAGUUUCAUAACUUUAAAUGGCUGAAUAAAUCACACCUCCUCCUUUUCAUGCGUUUUUUAACACUAAUAUGUGACAAAUCUGCUUUAAGUUGGAGUAUCUGAUCCUCAAACUUGGUAAGACUGCUUUCUGCUUAUAACAUACCUAAUCCAUGAGCCAGCAGGAAAUGAGUGAGUGGUCUAAGAGGGUGUGUGUGUGUGUGUGUGCGUGUGUGUGUGUGUGUGUGUGUCUGCUGAGCCCUGCAAUGAUGAAUCUCUUAAUAGAGUUUGGCUAUAAGCGCCCACUCAGCAGUGGUUUUAAUCAAAGCUCCUUCAACUGUACAGCUAGUGUAAAAAGUCCUUGAAGCACACGUGGGAUAAAGCAAGGGUAAAACUCAUUCAGAGCUUUGUUGUGUUUGUAGUGGAAAUCUCUGAAAUACAAAAAUAAUUAGUUACACUUCUUCACAUGUUUCAAGGGGAAAUAGAUGCAAAAAAAGUUCUUUGUAGGGCUGGGUGAUAUGGGAAAAAGUUUACUUUUUUUUUUAUAUCAUCAUAGUAUAAAAAAUGAAAUUUAGCAGUGUUUAUUGGUAGCAUGUCUUUUGCAAUACAAUAAGCUACUGCAUCUGUGAGGUCUUUGUGUCUUUGACAUCUUGUCGUAAGGCAUUGCGCUGUUAAGCAGACCUGGAGAAGCUCCCCUUUUCAUUGGCUAUUCGAUAGGGAUGGAAGAAAAGAUUGAUUCUCAGAAGUAUCGCGAUUUUUUGUUUUACAAUUUUUAAAUCAAUUUUUAUGUUCAAAAACCUUUUUUUUUUUCAAAUUUAAGAAUAAAUCUUAAAAACUGUCUCACAUGUGAUGUGUAUUUUUUGAGAAAAUAUGGUUCCCGGAAUAGUUAGAAGACAAUCAUAAUCAUUCAACUGUUUCACUGGUGUUAAAAAUGCAGACUAAAUAUGGAGAAAAUCAACAAUAUCAUAGAAUUGCAAUUUUAAUCAAAUCGGCAUCCAAAAAAUCCUAGAAGAAUGGAAUCGGGAGAAAAGAAUAUCGUCCCAGCUGUACUAUUCGUGUAUUCUAACAAGACAUGGCAGAAAGCCAACUAUUGAAAAGGAUAUCGACCAUGUUUUAUACUGAUAUUGAGGGAAAUUAAUUUUCGAUAUAUAUGGUUAUCGUUUUAUCGCCCAGCCCUAGUUCUUUGUCAUAGUUUGUUUUAAACCAUCAUUGCUGAAGUUGAUGUAGCUGAUGGCUGUCUACAAAAGAGUUCAGUUUUGCCCAAAGCUUCUGCGAAAUCAAACAACUCUUUACCUUGCUACUGUUGCCAAGUGGUGUCUAAUUGGAGAAUUAAUUGGGUUUCUGUAAUUGAUAUAACAAAGACUUGGUCUAGAGGUUGUGUCAUAGAUGGUACUAUAUCAGUCUUGAAUGCAUCAGUUGUUUCCUGAACAGUUAGCAAUGAAUAACUCCCAGCCACGGUUUCCUUUCCCAUGCACUGCAUUGUUUACAGUUCAGUCACUUAUUUGAAAAGAGACUCAGCACUCAGAUAGAAAGAGAAGAAAAUUAGUUCCCCUCGGAGUAUGACUACAGAGUAAACAUCACCAUGUUUUGGUUCGUCAUAUCCUUAUAUCCACCUGUUGUAUGUUUCCAGUAAGUCUCAGUUACAUUGUCAGAGGUGAUAUACACCAGGGGUUUCAUCAACUAUGUGACUAGCUGACCAGUCAACCACGUUAACACUCUGCAACUUAAUCGCAGACAAGAUGGCAGAUACUGCAGGGAAGGGUGGGAGACCCUGACUCAGAUGUAUGGUUAAAGGCUCUGGAUCAACAGGCUCAGGAUUUAUGUGUAUUGAGGUACUUCUCUAAAGAUAGCACCAACUCCUCGGUGAAAUUUCAGUUGUGCAUGACUACUGAAGUACAACGAUGAACAUGCACGCUAUAUGCAACCAUCUCAAGAUGACGGCAGCUAGCACCAGUAGUAACGUGAACACCAGCCAGCAACAUGGAGUACUUGAACAGUUUGGAUUAUUAAUCAUAGUGUUCAUAAUUAACCCUUCUUUUUGCAUCUCUCUCACAUACUAAAAAGAUGACUACUCUAAUACUAUUUUGAAAAACUUGCCAAACAUUAAAAAGGAACAUUGGUGAAACCCUUUACUUAUGCAGAGGCUUCACUCUGGCUUCCAUUAGCCUCUACUUCAGAUUGUAAGUUUUGAAACUGCAAGCUGGCAGGUUAACUUAACACAGCCGUCAUUGGAGGAAUUAUAACAUUUUAUCACUCAUAAAGUGUAAAUGUGCAAAACGCAGUAACCAGAGAAGAUGCUCAUUCCUGUUUUAGAUGCUGCGGUACACCAAGAUUAAAACUUCCUAACUUACCAUCAAUCCUUUUUUCCUCACAUAAAAAACAUGCAAGAGAAUACAUGACAUAUGAGUAAUGUGUGAUGGUGAAAUCGCUCUCCCUUCAUUCCAGCAUCUGUUAAACCCGCAGUCGCCUCUCUGAGCUGACAAAGUUGAUGUGGAUGUAAUCUCUAAAAGGCGUCUCCAGUUAGCAGAACGCGGCGUCGUCUAGCAAAGAGAUUGAAGUUAACAGUCAGGUACUGAGAAAAAAAGAGAGGUUUGAUUUGUAGUCCUUGAUCUUACUUCAUGUUGUAUCAUUUUGUUUUAAAAUCAGAUUGUAGAGUAGAUAAGCUGUACUAUAAAGCAACAUUUCAUCAUUUAAUCUUGUAAUUGUAUUAGCACAACAGAAGUCUGUACUUUAUGUCUGCAAAACAUAUCACUGAACAGAACAGACUACUCCAUCAAGAAAACGGACAUAGAUUUUAAAUCAUUUACUCAUAUAUUUCAAAAAAAGAUCACGUUGAUAUUUAUUUGCAUGGCUGAACAGGAGUGGUUUGAUUGAAAUAUGGCUUCUCUACCACUUCAGUCUUAGUCUGUGAGGACUUGACUGUCCUUCACAAACUGGCAGCCAUGUUUCUGUCAGUCUGCCCCAGGGCAGCUGUGACUACUAAGGUAGUUUACCAAAACCAAUGUGUGACUGUGUGAGCGAAUAAAUGAUGUAUCCAAUGUAAAGCACUUUGAGGGUCUCUGAUAAAGUGCUUUAUGAAAUCUGAUGCAUUAUUAUUAUUAUAAUCACUCAUGCCGUAUUCAUCAGCAACUGUAAAAACCUACAUCAUAAUAAGCAAUACUUUGAGUCAGAUCCUUACAGUAUCGUCCUGAUUAUCUUAUUCACGAAUUUCCUUUUUUGGAUCAAUACAAUUAUUUUAUGAUGUUUAAUUAAAAGGACUUAAAAUGGCAUGACAUGAAAAAAAUGUCAAGAGCUCAUCAGCUUUAACUAACAGUUUUUGUAUCAACCUGCAAUACUUGUUUUUUUACAUAGUCAACCUGUUUAAAAUCAGCACACUAGCUUUAGCAUAGUGUUUGAAUUGAAAGCGGAUGUUAGCAUUCAGCCAAAGGACGGUAUGGGGCAGCAGGAACUCAGUUUUAAGGGACUUGGCAAGGAAACUGGUUGGGUGUCACUUCGGUAUAGCAGUUGCAGCACCCUUCUCGUGUACAAAUAGGGUUGCUGUAAUUGCUCAUACAGCAGAACACCAAGCAUUAAGAUACUUCAUGUAUUUUUUUCCUUGUUUUCACUCUAAUGUGUCAGAAAUUUGACCAUCUUGGUGCGUGCUCAUGACUUUGAUACACUUAUCAACCUUUUAAAGCAAUGUCAUAUUGUUUGGAAAGACGUAAUACUCCUCAUCUGAUUUUCUUUUAUGAGUAAUCCACAUUGGUCCAGUUGAAUCUGUGUGGUCACUUCUCACCAGUAGAGCAACCGAGGCCUUCUAGUGAAACCCCUUUGUAAUCCUGAGUUCGAGAAACCCUCCGGCACCGCACACCUCCGUGUUUUCUCGCAGUGCACAGUAGAAAGGAAACAAAGUGGAAGUGACAGGAAAGCACGGGCUGCUUUCUUAAUUGUUACCGAUUGUUUGGUCUACUUUCCCAGUCCGUGCCCUCCAAUCAAUCCAGUCAUCUGUGUAAGGCCCGGACAAAGCCAGAGCUGUGUCACCAUGGUGAGGGAUUGUUUGCAUCCAGUCAUGCCCCCUAGCCAUGUGGGCUCAAAGAACACACACACAUACACACAGAAACAGAAACACACUCUCACACACACUCUCACACAUACACACAGGUCUGUGCAGCAUGCUCUUUUGUCUGUGCACUGCUUGUUUCCCCCCUCUGGACCCCCUCCUGCAGCCUCAGCCUCCUUGUUGCUUUAAAAAUUGGUUCCUGGUUGCGUCACCGUUUGUUUUUGAAAAGCUCAGUGCAGCUGCAGCUUCAGAGUGCCAUGUCUUACUCCUCCCAAGCUACUCAAAGGCUUUUAAACAGAGGGAUAUAGCAACAGAAGAACUGUGCUAUUUUGAACACACCCACUUUGUAGAUAAUCAAUUUGUAAGGUUUUGAUUAAUUCAAGAGCAUGGUUAAGUCUGCUAAUUUGGAACGCCUUUGAUUAGCAAUCAGAUGUAUCAAAAUAGACUUUCUUGUACUUAAAAGUGAUUAAUUACAACAUCAUUACUGCAGCAAGAAACAAAAUCUGUCACUGUGUCAAAUUCCAACAAUUUUCUGUAUAACAUCUGCCAAAAUGUAGGACUGGCCUCAGGGGCUGGAUAGAUAGAAGUUAUAGAAAAAUUUUAUUUUACCAGGUCUUCUCUUUACUUUUACAGCGGUACAUGCUAUUUGUUUUACCAAAAAUCACAACUUCUUGUGUCUGUUGUUGGCAGACUGCUGGAGAAACUAAGCCAGUGUCAGGGGUUCAAACCUAAUCAAUUUGUUUGUGUACGUUUAAUGAAGUGAUGGACUGAGUGAGCUCUGAGUCUGACUCUUAAGUCUGUGUUUUUGGGUGAAACUUAUCCUCAACACUGGUGAGACAUUUGUGUUUCUGAACCUUAAGUGCUCAUCCCAGGGAUAUUAAAGGAUCUCUGUGGGAUUUUAGUGUUGAAUUACUGUCAUGAUUGAGGAAAUGCUCAUAAGACACACUGAUCUGGUUCUCAGAGUCCCUCCCUAGCUCUGCCUUCUUGUGGCAUCCUGAGUAUGAAACUUCAGGGAGGCGGACCGGAGUCAUAACUAAGUUUAGCUCGAUGGUUAACAGCCCAGACGACACAGUAUUCUUCAUGUCUGGAACCAAAUGGCUGCAGCAAAAGCCGUCUGACAGCCAGUGUUUGAUUGCUGCAACCUUUUUUCUCCCCAGCUGCCUCGUUCUCCAUCACUCAUCUCCUUACAUAACCCACUAACAAAAUGAAUACUACUCUGUCUCCCCGACUCACUACAUUUACCAUCAGAAAGUUCCUUCUGUGUUUGUGUAGCUCUCCUUGUCUUCACUCUUGUCAGUUGCUGUAUUUCAGUCUGUAAUUUUUGUGUUACUAAACUUGUGUCAUUGAAGGACAGGCAUGCAAGUGUUAGUAUAUUGGAAAUACAAAUCAUGGAAGCUCAUUUGCUAACGUGGAUUUUGUUGGUAACAUUUUGUUGGGAUGGUGCUUUGAGCUAAAGGCUGCAUCAGCACGCUAACUUUGAAGAUCACAAUUUUAAAGCCGGGCGUUAAGCAUUUUUCCAUUACAGUUUUCUGAAAGCAAAAGGCAACCAAAAAUAUGAGAUAAAAAGAUGUAUCACCAUUGCUAUGUGUGUUUCUCCUGGUUAAAAGUUGCAGUGGUGGCAGCUCAAUAUCAGUAUAAAACAUGGUCAAUAUGCUUUUUGAUAGUUGACCCUCUGUCAUGUUUUGGUAGACUAAACAAAUAGCCAAUGAAAAGGGGAGUUGCUCCGGGUCCGCUUCGUGCUGAAACAAUCAUGUGCUGAAUUAGAACCAAGUAGCAAACAACUGCGUAGUAGAAGAGACACAAAUACCUCACAGAUGUAGUAGCUUAUUGUAUUUCAAAAGACAUGCUACCAAUAGGCACUGUCAAAUUUCAUUUUUUAUGUUGUGAUAUAUAUCGAUAUCGACUGAUAUGAAAAAAAUAUAUCCUGAUAUACUUUUUCCCCAUUUCUCCCCACAAUUUAUGGGUGUCAACACCAGCCACAAUCCAGCUGCUGUAUUCUUUUAAAUCCUUAUUUCUGAAUUAUGGCAAACAAAUUUGCUAUUUACUGAUUUACUUGAUGGAAACUGUGAGUGCAUUAGUAAGACUUCUCAACUUGCUGUUGAACUGAUGUUGACAAUAAUGAAAUGAAACCACCAGUGUUAGGAUUUAAAGCUCCUAUGUUGAGUUUUUUGAUAAUUUUAAAACGACUGAAAUUCAUAUUUAUUCCUUUUGCAUAAAAUCACAAAACAAACAAAGCUAUCAGCGACAUGACUGAUUACUUUUAUAGUGUCAGUUUUAAAGCCAGGAACAGGUGCAGAGGGGUUGGUGUCACCCAAACAGCUGGAGAAACAUCUGUGUUUCAGGCACCAAAAUUGGCACAAACUGAAAGUUCCUCGCUAGAGCUUUAAGAAGUGACACUGAAUGCAGGAUAUUUUCAGAUGAAUGCUUAUGUAGUCGCCAUUGUAACAGGCGGAGAGUCACCAGUUCACAGGGUCAUUUAUUUAACUGUAAAACCAGCUUCUGCCUGUACAGUACUCAAACACUGCAUGGUUGGCUAGCAAGCCUGAUAUUAAAUAGACACCUACAUAUCUAUAAAGCCUUUUAGGUUAGUCAGCUACAAAAUAAUAGUUUGCCUGUGAAAACAUUUCUAUCUUUCCUCUGUCACCGUGAUUUAUUAAAGUAAUCAUUAACUAAGACCUGGUUGAAUGCUAAUGUUAACUGUGUGACCUGAACUCUUCCUGGAUUUUCAUAGUCUGUUGUUGAUAUGGAUGCUUAUAAAACUAAGAGUUAUAAUUCUUAAACUUCAAACUACAUCUGCUUCCUUUGUCCAUGUUUCGGUAGUUAUGGUUACCAUGUUAACCACUUCAGUUUCUCUAACAGCUGGCACUCCACAUGAAAGUGAGGAUGAGACACAUUGAGUUUGAUCUUUUUUUUAAGUUAGGUAAUCUCCACAUGAACAAAGUAAUCCACUUAGCAUUAUUUGGUCUGAAAGAGGUCUAAUAGACGUCUAAAUGUAGUCUAGACAACUGAUCUAAAGUCAGGCUACCACAGGUCUAAAAAUUAAAGUUUUUUUAGACGUCUAAAUUUAGACCAAGUUUAAGCCAAGUCUACAUCUGGGCUUUAUCUAUACUACACCAUGUAUUGCACAACGGCUAUCAUAAUUAUUUUGGUUAUGUACUUGGAGAUCAGUUAUGCAACUCACAGCUGCUUUUUGAAAUAAAUAGUUAUUGAAUAAUGGGUUUAAGUGCAACGUCUAAAUUCCAUCUAAAAAUAUAAGGAAUCUAGACAGUUGAAAUUUGGUCUAAAAAAAAAAAAACUAGACGUCAAAUAGCCGUCUAUUGCUCAAUGGGAAGAUGUCCCUCAAAAUAGGGCCAGAUGAUUUGUCUUGAGGAAGACACAAAGUUUUGUGUGAGUGUAAUUAGCCUCACUUUGUUAAAAAAGGUCGUUUUGUGGCUAAUAAAACGCCAUAUCACUCUAUACUGACUUUGCCUGUUUGAUGAUACCUUAGGAGAAAUGUUCCUCUUGUCUGGUUAAAGGUUAAAUGUCACUGCCCUGGACGGUCUGCCUGGUUUAUAUGUGAAGGAUUUGGCAUGCAGUUGGAAUGUGAAGCACUGAGUCUGUCUGUUUAUUAAACUGUGACCAAUUGCAAAGGAAAUUCCAACAUCUGCAGCAGCACCUUUCCCACAGGUCCCGAGGUUACUCGCUGUGGCCUGAAGCUCAGUCUGAUUCUAAAAAUGGAAGUAUACAUUUACAACCAGGCUGAGCCAAAAUAGAAACACACAAGCUGCAGCAUGCUAAUUUGUAUACUCUCACCAUGUAGCCUGAAUGAUUAAUUUAUUCUCACUCUGGCAGAGUGAGGCUUCAAAGCAACUAAUUUACAUCAAAGACGUUAGCAGAGAGAAAGUGGAAAAAGUGUGAUGAAAGUUCAGGAAAAUUAUAUUAAUGGCUGCAGAGAGAGAGCCAGAGAGUUGGCCAUUCAGGAGUUGGAAGUUAUUAGUGGGGCAAGGAAAAUCGAAGCUCGUUUCCACAAGGAAACAGGCUGCUGUGGUGGUUCUGUUAGUGAGCAAACCAUUCGAUUACUUUCGCAUUGAUGAGUCUGGAGCCAGUGUGCCGUUACAUUUCCAGGUCACAGCUCCUAAAUUCAGUUUACUUUAGCUUCAAAGAAAAAGAUUUUGAGUUUGUCUGAGUUAUGAGGAAAAGCUUCAUCCUCAUUGAUCAAAGUGUGAAAAAACCUGCAAUAUGGACUCGCUCAGUUAGACUAAACAACAUCUGAACAUCUGUUUCUUCGCAGCUGUCUGCUCCCGUGCUGCCGCAGAUAAAAGGAAACACCUUGCAUGUGUUGUAAUAUGCAAGUCAGAUGGCCAGUGGGAGCACCUAAGUGUAAAAAUGAAAUGAAACCCAUAUUCAAUGAAAGAAUAACUCAAGAAAAGAUGUUGUGAGUUGUUGCUUCUUAGGCAGAGAUUCCCAAAUGGGUGUGGGAGUCGGGGUGCAGCGAGAUUGAAUAAAAGCACCAGACAGAGUUGUGCAGGAGUAAAUCAGGGCCAGUUUUGUAAAAGGAGUGCUCUGUUAACAAGCUGACAGUGAUUCUACACCAACAACUACUGAAACAAAGACAAGAAAUCAGCUUGACCUUUACAGAUGGUGGACUGCCCACACAUUAAAACUUUGGAAGUUACACAUUGAAGUUUCACUUUUUAAUUGCUCCUUUUGAAAUGGUGGCUUACAUUUCAGUUAAAUGUCACACACAGAAGUUGCAACUCAUUCAAACAAACUUCCAGACAAAUAAAUAUUCUCAUCUACUUUAACCACUGUUCUAUAUUGAAUAUUUCUACUAUACUUUUAUAUCUAUUUCUUUAUACAUUGAGAAUUGGUAAGUUUUUGGUCCUUAUGCUAUGCUUUAAAAUGUCUGAGAUAGUCAUUGUUUGAUGUGUUUUUGUCAGAAGGAAACUUUAGCUGCCAUAACAAUACAAUUUACUGCAAGUUAUUAACAAAGUAUUUAUCUUAUCCUUACUCUGCGACAUCAUGUUUAUAGGGCUGGGCGAUAAAACGAUGACAAUAUAUAUCAAAAAUUAAUUUCCCCCGAUAUCAAUAUAAAACAUGGUCAAUAUGGGCGGUACAGUGGUGUAGUGGUUAGUACUGUCGCCUCACAGCAAGAAGGUCCUGGGUUUGAAUCCGAGUCAGGGUGUUUCAGUGUGGAGUUUGCAUGUUCUCCCUGUGUCUGCGUUGGUUUACUCUGGGUACUCCGGUUUCCUCCCACAUCCCAAAAAUACGCAGAAGUGGGGUUAGGUUAAUUGGCCACUUUCAAAAUUGCCUGUAGGUGUGAGUGUGGAUGGUUGUUCGUCUCUAUAUGUCAGCCCUGCAAUGAACUGGCGACUUGUCCAGGGUGUCCCCUGCCUUCGCCUGAAGAUGCUGGGAUAGGCUCCAGCCCUCCCGCAACCCCCAGCGGGAAUAAACGGUAGAAAAUUGAUGGAUGGACACGGUCAAUAUGCUUUUCGAUAGUUGGCAUUCUGCCAUGCUUUAGUAGACUAUACGAAUAGCAAAGUCAGGGAAUACUUUAAAUCUUUUUCACCACCUGAAGCAGUGCCACACGGCAGAGCACGCGCAAUGCAAAAGGUUACAAACCCUGAGCGGAGUAAGGAGUCCGUGGCGUCUGUACAGCCGAAACAGCCAACCAUUCAGUCUGCUUUCCCUAGCGCAACACCUUAUGACAAAAUGUUGAAGAGACACAAAGACCUCACAAAUGCAGUAGCUUAUUGUAUUGCAAAAGACAUGCGACCAAUAAGCACUGUUAAAUUUCAUGUAAGAGUAACAGGGAACAUUUAUAUUGAUAUAUAUCGAUAUCGACUGAUAUGAAAAAAUAUAUAAUGAUAAACCUUUACCAUAUCGCCCAGCCCUACAUGUUUAAUUACUGUUAGCCUAGCACACAUUAAAUCAUAUUUUUAAUGGUUGUAUUACUGUGAUGAUUACAGGUGAGGUUCCUCUGUUGUUGUUGUUGUUCCACAGUUCUACAGAGUUUCUGUUCAUCAUGUUGCAGCACACUGGUUAAAAGUUUAGUAACCUGUGUCAAAGUGGGCCACAGCCUGUCUGUACUGAGAGUCAAAAGUGUCUCCAAGGAUUUGAACCAUCUUUUUAAUUAAACAUAACAGCUACUUCAGUCUGAAAUGUGACUCGUAGACUUAAAAUGACAGGCAGUCCUCAUGCGGCUCCUCGCCCCGCCAGACUCAUCCAUCAAUUUUCACUGUGACUAUAAAAGGCUCAAAAUGCUCCUGUUUUUAAAAAGCUAAUGCUAAAGCUUUCCCCCAAAAUUCUUCCACCUUUGAUUCAUGAAUAUUCUACAGUUUUCAGUCAUGGGACUUAUAUCAACUUGAAUAAAAUGGACUUUACUCAGUUUUGAUAGUAGCUUUAUGAUAAUUGUAACACAUGGGGGUAAAGACUUCAGCAGGACUUUUCACACAGAUAUGCAGAUUGUAAGUUUUUGUAUGUGUGUGUGUGUGUGUGUGUGUGUGUGUGUGUGUGUGUGUGUGUGUGUGUGUGUGUGUGUGUGUGUGUGUGUGUGUGUGUGUGUGUGUGUGUGUGAGGCACAGAGAGGGACAGAGAGAGAGAGAGAGAUCAGGUUCACAGCCUUGUGUGAAGUGUCUUUUAGCCCUGGAUCGAACCUCAGUGUGAUUUCAAUAACACUCGUCAUUGAACAAACAUAGUUUUACAACAUUUUGAAUCCAGCUGUGAAAAGUUAAAGGCAGCAUCGUUUCUAAGGAAACUAGUUGUUAUGAAAUCAAUUAAGCUACAUUUUCUAGGUUAGAGGCAAAUCUCUUUAUCCAUGUUCCAGCUCAAAUAAUAAUUAAAAAAAAGUGUCUUUUCACUUGCAGCUGCAGGUUAUUAUUGAGAAAAUUGUACAUUUAAAGCUCCUUGAGGCACUUUCUGAUGGUGUGAGGUUAAAGCAGUACCUCUAAUGGCUUCACUGCUCUUGUUGUGCAUCAGUAAAAUCUCACUCACUCUGAGAAUUUGCUGUAGAAAAUUUAAAGAGAUGGUGUUGUUUGCCUCCUUGUCUGAUGCCUACCUGGUGACAGUGUUUAUAGGAAUUCAGAAUAACUACUAAUAUCAGUCUUUUUACCGGUGGUCUCUUUUGCUUUUGAAGGUAUUAUAAAGGCAUCUAAAUUUAGUUCAACUCACAACCGGUUAAAACCCUUUACAUGGUUUUUUUUUUACUGUCUCUGGAGUUAAAUAUACAGCAUUAAUCUAAAGUUAAGGUGGUGUUUUAGUUUUCAUCACUAAAAUGCUUGUACUCUUUCUGUGGGAUCCUCAAACCUUUAAAUUUCCAUGUCCAUCAUUUUAUUUGCUUUGUCCAUCUGUCGCCCUCCUGUUGCACCCUCACCCCUCUUCUUUUCCUCACUUUUACUGUCCCCCUCAUUUAUUCCCUCUUCCACUAAGCCACAUUCAUAGGUUUAGCCUCAUUUACUCUGCAGUUACAGAGGCGUCCAGGUUCAGAUGCAGUAUCUGUCUGCAGUUACAAAUCAUCCCGCUUUCCACCAAAGGCGAGCCUCACCCUCACCAGAUGCCCUCGGUGUAGGGAUGUGCUCACGCUGACGUGAUGCAGACUCAGUGGGAAAGGCCUCGAGGGGGAAGCAGUAGUUAAAGAGCUGGAGGAUUUGGGGUCCCAUUCCAGCUGUGAUGAAGAUGGCUGGUACCUAAAUCGUUAAAGGAUGCCUCAAGCGAUACGGAAGUCAGGGAUCAGAGCUAAGCUGAUGGCCCAGUCAUGAAAAUAAGGAGGGCUGCUGCACAGUGGGGCUGCAAAACUCUGAGCAUUAGGCAGCAGCUCCUUCAUCGCUCUGUUGCACCGGCCUGCUGUUGUGGCCUUGCCAGGUUCCUAAUGACUGCCUCGCUGCCGAGGUGCUUGUGUCAGCAGUUUCAAAUGGCUUUCGUUCUGCGUGCAUGCGGCCGUUGAAAGCUUUUCCUUCACCGACACCAGCAAAUGAAAAAUAUAUUGUAGGAGGCCUGUUAGACAGUCACAAUCACUGCACCACAAGUGUGUUCUUGCUGCAAUUUAUUCGCAGCUUUACAGGAAACUACUUAAAAGAACAAGUGUUGUGUUGUGUUGUGUUGUGUUGUAUUGUAUUGUCGUGGACUGUGAACAGGAAGCGUCUGCCACUCAACCAUUUGGUGCUUAUUAAAAUUUAUGUGGGGGUGUUUUAAUCGAAUCGAGUCAUUAAAGCUCCUGUGAGGAACUUCUGGUUUGUGUCAAUUUUUGCAUCCCCAGUGGAAAAAUCAUUCUUGCUUUGUCUUCCUGAUAAAAAAUACCAACUUUUUACAGCCAUUUAUUGUGAAUUUUGUAUGUGAAAACUGUAAAAACAGGGCCAGUUCUUCUGCUGACCCAUACCCUCUUGCGCCAGUAUUAAAAACUUUGAUUCAAAAAUUCUCAGUCUUGUUGCUGUUAGUCUUGUUUGCAUCACACUACAAUAUAUAGGCACCUAUAUGAAUUUGAGUCCUUGUGAUCCAUGUCAAAAAAUGAUUAAUGUUUAAACUCGCAUUAUUUUAAUGUAGAUUAUCCUGGCUUGUAAAGUUGACAUGACUUAUUUCACCCUACUUCAUCACGCUUUUAAGGGAAUGUCUAACUCUGUAGCUGUUGAAUGCUAAGCUAUCUUAAGAUAUAUCAAUAAACAAUUAAUUCCUUUAAACGUUCUUUUCUCUUCCCUUGAAGGAUGGACAGUAAAAUCUUAUUAGCACCCCCUUGUGGUGUGGAGGAAUGAAGGCCUCUGGAUGAAGGCCAUGGAGCUGAAAGUGUGGGUGGACGGAGUACAACGCAUCGUGUGCGGGGUCACAGAGUUCACCACAUGCCAGGAGGUGGUCAUUGCUUUGGCUCAAGCCAUCGGUAAGCUCAAAAUUAAUGAUAACCUGAGAAAGAGUUUGCUAAUAUCUUGUUUUUACAGCUGGUAGAAAACAUCUUACAUUAGAGGGCUACAAGCAGUAAAUGUGAAAAAUUUUAGUUAUUGAUUGAAAAUCCAUGUUGGUUCACAAAAGUCUUGAGAAGGAGAAAUCAGAUGACCAACAUAUGACAUGAUAAAGAGCAUGAGGAGGGUAGACGCUGAAAAACUUUGACUAAAGUGGUGUCUAAGUCUCACACGAAUCCCUUAGGGCAAUAUCUGUGAUGUGGGUUGUGUCCAAUAUUGGCCAGGCAGGAUGUCAGACACACUGGAGAAGAUAAAUUGCUGCAAAAUGAAAAGUGACUUGAGGGCACAAAGAGAUUUUCACCAUAGAUGGGCUGCACAAAACAAGAUGAGUCAUGCUGCAGACUUUGGUUUAUUGACGCCCUGUGCACUCACACAGAAGUUAGUUGGCACUUUGUCUUUGUUUGUCUUUGCAUGGAUUGUAUUGGACAUCUAGCUUUGUGAAUCCAUAGGCAGGAUUUCUUUAAAUGGAGAGCUAUGGGUUGCUAUUAAAGAUGAACUUUUCACAGGGCUUUCCCAACAACCUCGGUAGAUUUUUUUUGUUCGGACAUGUAUGUUUCACAGUGUCACUGUAGCAGGAGUUAUGUCGUUCACUAUCCUUUGUGCUCAAUGAACCCUUUGUCCAGACUAGGGCACUUUGAUGUGAAUGGCUCUGGUGAUGAAUGUGCCUCUUUUUACAAGGACCCCAAGUGUGUAGGACGAGGGUGAGAGUAGGUAAAUGGACAAAACUUUUAUUGCACAUUUCCAGUCUUCCCACCGUUUAAGUGUUCACACUAGUACCAUUCAUGUUAGUGCCACAAACAUAGAUACUCACAAAAGCUCUCGUGCAAAGUGUGAGCAUUCUCUGGAUACUGGAUCAUCAGUCAGGAUCGGCAGCGGUUGACUUUUAUCUACUUGACAGGAGAGUACAAACAUACUCAUACAGCAGAGCCACAAACCAAUAAGUGCUGUCCUUUCCCAGCACAAUCACUUAUCUGUUGAGCUGAAUUUUCCCAGAAACACUUCUGUCAGCAUGCACACUAUUCACGAUGCUGGCAGAAGUCUUUGAAACUGCUCGAGCUCCGAAAGUGUGGGGGAGUUGUACAAGAGUUCAAAGAGACUGUUUUACCCCCAAAGUUUCCUUGUUAAAUUGCCUUGCAACUUGAGCUGAAUUUGAACAAUUUUAAAAGCACAGUGAUUUUGCUUUCUUCACAUCAGGGAUGUCGUUAGAUAACAUACAGUAUCCAAAUGAAGCAGACAAGCAUUGUAGCAAUUUAUCUUAAUGCCUAACAGCAAAACAAAGAAAGUGAAAUGUGUCGUUUUUUGUUGGGCUGUAUUGAAUAGAUCACUGGGGACCUUCCCACAGACCUCCCACAGAGAGCACAAUAACAGCUACAGUAAUGAAAGUUUUAGGGCCUGUGUCCACUGACAGCAUUUUUUGUGUUCAGAGUUCCUCAGCAUAAGAAUGCCCUUGGUAUCAGCUGUUUUGUGUUCCUGUCUUUGAUCUUUGAUUAUCUCGUAAAGAUUGCUGCAUUUGUCAACAGAAUUUUUACUUGGCAUCAAAAACUAAGUGUGGCUAAAUUUCAAAAACAUACAAACUUCUACAAAAAAUUACACAGUAAAAAUAAACUGCUGAGAGAACCAUGUUACUGAAAAAUUUUUUGCUUUUCUAGUUUGAACCAUCAAACAUCUGUUAUACAGGGUAGGUGGGCCACAAGAGUCAUGCAGCAGCCAGUUAUUAGAGGGAGCUCCAAAAGGUUUUGGCCCGGAGCCAAUUGUUGUGCUGUGUGUGAUUUUUUUGCAGUGUAUGGGACUAAUGACAUUGUGUGUCAUUCUACAACUAUGUCCAGGUUACUUGUAACUUUAGACUUUGUGAAAAAGAUGGGGUGAAAAAUAAAGCUAAAACAUUCGGAGCUGCCCGCCUAACUGGCUGCACAAAAACUCAUACAGCUAGCCUUUUCCAUGUUGACAGAUGAGACAUGGUCCAAACUUUUAAAUGAAAAAUUACGCUUAAGAAGUUUUUCUUCGACAUGCUUUCUGUCAAUAUGGUUAGCACUUAUCAUGCUUAUUCAUCUACAAAUGAAGGGUAUUUUCACAUUCAUUGGUGAGUUUGAUGUUGGGAUAAGUGUGAGGCAUAGGACAUGAAAACAAAGCUUCUAGAGACAAAAUCUCCUGUGUAGAGUCUUGGGAUAUUUAGGCUUCACUUUUGUUUUGUUUGAAUGGUGAAGGUGUAGACAUAUUGUCCAUCUUCAUGUAGAGUCAGAGCCUGAAUGAGAAAUAAAAGAAACUGUUCCAGCUUUGUCAGCUCAUUUGAUAUCAUUAAAGGAUAGUGUUGUUUAUAUUCAGAAGCAGUUUGAGAAUAUGUACUAUGAAACUUCUUAUACCACGUUCAUUAUUAUGUUUCUGAUUCUUGACAGGCCGCACUGGCAGGUACACCUUAAUAGAAAAAUGGCGUGAAACUGAGCGUCACCUGUCUCCACAUGAAAACCCUGUGGUGUCCCUUAAUAAGUGGGGUCAGUAUGCGAGCGAUGUCCAGCUCAUCCUCCAACGAACCGGCCCAUCUGUUAGCGAGCGGCCAACAUCUGAUGGGCAGGCUCGAGUCCCAGAGCGGGGCUUCUACCGGCAGAGCCUGCCACCUCUGGCCAAGCUCCGCCCACCAGGUAUGGACCGCUCGCUCAAAAGAAGGGAACCCAAGCGCAAGUCACUGACGUUCACCGGAGGAGCGAAGGGUCUUCGAGAAAUAUUUGGGAGAAGCAGAGAUGCUGAAGGUAUUUCCUUUUUUUUUAAGCAUAUUUAAGUUAGCUUUUGCUGGACGGGUAGUUUUGCACACAUUGUCGAGUCCAGGUUCCCUUCCCUCUCCUUAUGCCUUUACAUGCCAUCAUCCAUCCAGCCAAACAGCCCCCGCAGCGAGGAGGGAGUCUGAAUCUGAACAGGGUUGGAGUAGCAUCUGUACCUGGGAGUCCAGCCAGAGAGCUGAGCCGGCUGGUGCAGCUGCAGAGAGACAAACUCCAGGCCCUAGAGAGCCGUCUGCUGGGCUGCAAAGCUGAGUUGCGAGACUGGGAGGAGGAUGACGGCGAGGCCAAUGAAGUGAGUAACACCACAGCUGCCAGUGCUGUUAAUUAAACUCAAAAAGUUGCGUGCAGAAGCUAUUUACAUCUCAGCAUCAACUAUUUUUUUUCUCAACAAUGCUCUCAGAAGUUGUGUUUACUCAGUGCAAGUGUUGUAUGUUUUGUUUGGGUGGGAAACUUUUCAGGUUGGAUCAUUUUUCUGCUUCCAGGAGGUAAAUUUAGAAGAGGAGCUGCUGCUUUUGGAGCAGCAGGUGAGGAGGAACGAUGCAGAGAUGGAGGAGGAAGAAUUCUGGCAGAACGAGCUGCAGAUUGAGCAGGAAAGUGAGCGGCAACUCCGGCAACAGCUAGCAGAGCUGCAGGGUGGCGUGCGCGACUGCGAGGUGAAGCUUUCAGAGUACUUAGCACGCAUACAGGUGAGCUUGUAAUCAUAGAGCAGCUAAUGGAGUCUUCUAGCUGCUGUUUUAUUGUGUUUAUUAACACCGUGUAAAUGUCUGGUAGUUUCUCUUCUCUACAAACUCUGCUGACAAAACAAACACUGUUGUGUAAGGGAUUUCUUCGUGCCUUUUCUCCACUUUAUUUGUUGUUAUUUGAUUUCUCACAGAACAUGGAGGCAGGCAUUGAGCAGGAGAGGCAGCAGCAGGAAGCCGAGCUCAACCAGAAGGUCAAUGAGGAAGAGGUACAACCCAGUCAAUCACAGUUUCUAAAGCAGCAUGCAAACAUAAAGGUGCAGCUGAGUAAAUAUAAAUGCUGUGAAAACUGUUGUUUUUGGUAAAUGAACUCAAAAUGGUACAUUUUCAUCCCACUGAGCAUUUUUUGGUCUAAAAGAGAUCUAAUAGACGUCUAAAUGUAGCCUAGGCGACUGGUCUAAAAUCAGGCUACCACAGGUCUAAAAAGGAAAGUUUUUUUUAGACAUCUAAACUUAGACCAAGUAUAGACCAAGUCUAAAUCUAGGCUAUAUCUAUACUACACUGUAUAUUGCUCAACAGCCAUCAUAAUUAUUUUGGUUAAGUACUUGGAGAUCAGUUAUGCAACUCGCAGCUGCUUUUUGAAAUAAAUAGUCAUCGAAUAAUGGGUCAAAGUGCAAUUUCUAAUUUCCAUCUUAAAAUAUACAGAAUCUAAACGGUUCUAUUGCUCAGUUGGAAACAUGCAGUAUAUGACACACAAAGUUAAAUAUUUCAAGCAUAUUUUGAUUUUUAGCAUUAUGGUUCAUAAAAAAACCCUACUAUAAAAAAAGGAAGUCUAAUGUCUCAGAUCACAAGAGUAUUUCAUGAGAUCAACAAAAAAGGAUUUACACCUUAUUUAACAUGUUGUCAUUUUUACCCUCAAUACUUGGUUGGAGCUCCUUUACCACAAUUUACUGCAUCAGAGGCGACACUGCGGGAGUGUUACUUGAAGCUUACACUGCUUUAAUUGCAGCCUUCUGGUCAUCUGUAUUUUUUUUUCAUGUAUUCCUUAUCUUCCCCCAGACAACACACUGUAGGUUCUGAGUGAGCUUGCCAGUCAAACACAGUAAUAACAUGGUCAGCAAACCAGUUUCUGGUAGUUUUGGCACUGCGGGCAGGUGCAAGGUCUUGCAGGAAAAGUAAAUCUGUAUCUCCUUAAGGCUUCUUAGCAGAUGAAGCACGAAGAGCUCUAAAAUCUCCUGGUAGACUUGAAUAAACUUUUCUUGAUAAUCCUCUCAAGGCUGCGGUCAUCUCUAUUGCUUGUGAACCCUCUGCAAACAGCCGUCCUUGUCAUCAAUGACCUUCUGUGGCUUAGUGGAGUGUGUUGAUGAUCGUCCUCUGGACAACUGUCAAGUCAGCAGUCUACCAAUCUCAUUAAAGCUGCAUUUUUUGAACUAGACUAAAAAAUACAUGGUAUUGACUGUAUUUGAGUAGCUAUUUCAUUAAACUCAACAUAAAAUAUUCUUAUAUUCUUUUCAAAAUGCUUGAAUCUUUUUAGUAUAUAAGUAAUGGCUCCGGGAUACAUAAAGUAUCAGAUAAUCUGGCAUGGCAUGAUGAGAUUUCAGUCACGCCCCUGAUAUAGAGUUGCAUUCAAAAUAUAAACUUGUUAAAUAAAACCAUCGGUUUUAGUUUCAUAAAUCUUCUCCAGUCCCAGUUGGCAGGUAAUACAGUUGUAAAAUGUAAUCCACUAUUUUGCAACAUUUGGCCAAUUUUGGUGACCAAAUAAUUAAAAAACUGACAUUCCCGUCAGUUUCAGCUGUUUGUGUGUCAAGUGCUGAUUAAAAAACAUGCCAAAUAAAGAUUGUUGGGUUUGGGUGUUACUAACACUAGCUUAGCAUAACACCAAUUAGCUUUCUGGCGUUAGACUUGAAAAAAAUGCUUUUCUUUUGUUCAUAAUCUUUGAUAAUCUAGUUUUUUUUAUCCAUCCAGUUGAAGGUUUUUAAUCUUAUUUAAAAACAAAUAUCUUUUCCAUUAAGGAGUUAUUUUCCAAAUUUAUUGUUACUUUGUGGGUCCAUCGCUUCUGAAGAGUUUUGUGACUUUUUGGCUUUUCCACUUUUUUUCUGCCUGUAUUUCAGGUGCAGGCGCAGCUGGAGAAAAUGAGUGCAGAGCUGGAGAAGCAGAGCCAACAGACAGCUCGGCUGGAGAGCAGUUGCAAGGCGCUGGAACGCUCACUUGGCCAGUCCAGCAAGAGAUUACAGGUCAGCUCUAGUCCUCCUCAAGGGUAUUCUUGUUUAGUUUUGGCACCACAGCCUCGAAAUAUUCAGGAUUGUGAAGAACUUUUGUCAGUUUGUGCUGAUGGAAGACACUGUAAGAGAUUUAUUUAAAGGUGAGUUUUUGGAAAUCCUCAUUAAAAAAGUCUUCAGUGCAGUGAUGUUUCUGGAAACCACAGCUCUGUGCACACAGGUGGAACCGUAGAAAUCUAAGCUCAUUAAGCUGUGGGCAGUGAAGCAAAGUUUAAUCUCUUGCUUGCAGGGAUGCACAGUGGAUCCUCAGCUGCACGAAUCCUAGUAAGCAGCAAAGUGCUCCAUGUACAGGCAAGGUCCAGAAGUAGGGUGUGGGUAGCAUGAAGUAAUGAGAAGGAGAAGGAAGGGAGGGUAUUACAGCAUUCUUCGCCUGAUUAGAGAGAGGUCUGAAUAAGUCCACAAUCCCUUGCCUGUAGUUGCGUAACCAUCUGGGAGCUCCUCUUUAGCUGUCUCAUCUGGGUUGUGGCUUCUUGCGAUCGACCACAGAAUAAUGCAAACUUAUUUUGUGUUGUAGUUAGUAGAAUAGAAAAAGUGGGAAAGAGAAACAGAAGAUGAACAAUUAUUGUGUCCUUUUUAAACCUUUUCUGCUGUCAUUUCAGGGGUAAUCUUGACUUUUUAAAAACAAAACAUGGGUGCAUUAGUUCCCUCUUUGGUCAUUAUGUUGUUUUUUUAUUACAGGAAAAAGAGCAGGAGCUGGAGCAGCUGACAAAAGAACUCCGACAGGUCAACCUGCAGCAGUUCAUUCAGCAGACUGGUACCAAGGUGACCGUGCUACCUGCUCUGCCUUUAGGAGAAAACAACAACAAUGGCACGUUAAGACACCUAUAUGUGCACACUGAAGCCUACUAACACAAACAGAGACUCCAUUACCUCACACAUCACGCUGAUGAAAUGUUAAAAUGUUCAUUAACACAGUUAAACUGAAAAUUAUUACAUGUAUAUGUACACAGUGCCACCUUGUGGUCAUCUUGAGAAUGACACGUACCACUCUUCCACAGGAGCUUAAAUCUGUAACCCCAUUACACGCACGAAAUCAAUGGCAGCUUUAAAAAUGCUGCAAGACUUUAACAAUGAGUCAGAAAGAAAAUCCCUGAUUCAUUCUCAAAAGAUCAAACCUUCAGGGUGCUCUGGUUGGAAAAUACUCCUCCUGAAGCCUGAAAUAUUUGCAAUAAGCUCAGAAGUGAAUAAGUCUAUAAGGAAUGAACAAUAGAAGAGAUAACCUGUGGAUAGCUUCUGAUAUAUAUUCCUGUUUUGUCGUUUUCUGCAGAGGUGGAGUCUGACUCUCUGAAACGACUUGGCUCGUCCCGUCUCUUACCCAGCGACCUCCGUGCUCUUCAAAGCACCGUGUCCUCCAGCCUCAACCCUGAAGGCAUCUACGUCUGACCCCAACAACUCUCAAUAAGGCUUUGUUUUGGCUGCAGGGUGAUCUAAUGUUACCAGGACUUUCGAGAUUCCUUUCACAAACUGCUGAAACGCAGCGGCUGAUAUUGCCAGAGAUGUCACAGGGAGGAUGAAAACAGUUCUUAUGAGAAAAGCUUCAACCUGUUUGCAGCCUUUUCCAUCUUUGAAUGACUGGGACUCAACCUGAUGUCAGUAUCCAUUUUCAAACCAACAACUAAUCAUUCUUGAGUCAGCAAAACUCCAUUUUCUCUAAGUUGAGGAAAACUACCAGCCUGAAGAUGUAUUUUUGUUGAAUGAGGAGCCAAACAGUGCAGAUGAACUUUAUUUUUUAUGUUGUAAAUCAUCAUUUCAGGAGUCUAAAUUCAGACAUUUGUAAAGGUACUCCAUUGCACGAGCAUGCACAAACACAGACACCAUACCUGUGCUGUAAGCGUAGCCAUAUCUGAUUGCCUUAUUCUGGUGUUGUAAAGCCAGGCGUCAAUAAGUCUGAUGUUAUAAAGAACUCCAGGGAGCUUCUGAACUAUGCGCCAUGUGAAAUUGAUGAAAUACUUGCAAGCACCAAUUCAGGUGAUAAGCGAACUGAUGUCAGCAUAACUCAACUUCGGCUCCUUUCCCUUAUAUUAGAGUGAAUGUCUGUGUAGAUUCUGCUGGAGGUACAUUCGCUUUAUUUCAUAAAAAAAAGAAAUUCAGAAAAACAUGUCUAACUCCAGCUUUUAGGCGUUCUCAGUGAAACGUUUAUAUUGACUUUUGUCACUUUUUGUUGCAGAGCCAUUAAUCUUCAUUUUUGUCCUUCUCUAUCAGCUCUAAUAUCAGAAUGUUGUCGUGAGUGAUGAUAGAGGCUGUUGAGCCUGUGGUGGAAACCCAGCCUGGAAAAAUGGGCAAAAUGUGUAAGUCUGACCACCAGGUGGCGUCAGAACAUAUGUUAUUCAGAAAGUUAACUUUAUGAAAGUUACUCCUGAGAUGAUGCGAUCUGUUUUUUGACUGAGUGUGUAUUAUUUUCUAACAAAGCCUCAGAAGAAGAGAUUUAAGGGUUUAAUCUGAGCUUUGGUUUCGAUUGUUAGCCAAGUAUACUACAUGUUUCACUGAAUUCAAGAAGCAGGGACUCCAACGUAUAUCAUUUCUUUUUAUAUUGUAACAAACUAAAGAUGUCUCAUAUGAACCAAAGCUAGUGUUGAAAACAUUAAUAGUUAGAUGAAUGUACUUUUUUAUGUGUAUGCAACUAAUGUCCAUGCAGUGUGUCACCUUUAUUCAGAUAGUAGUCACAUACUGUAUACUGAGACGGUCAGGCUGUUUCACAUUAGGUGGAAAAUGAAAGUUUCACAGAAAAGGAUGGAAGUCAACAGUAAAUCCUAGAUACUGUUUUUCCUUUUCAAGUGAAUACUUGAAUAGGACACAAAAAAAUUCAUGAUUAUUCAGUGAAGGGAGGUUUCCCCUGCUGUUUUUGGAUUAAAAAGAUUCAACUCUUUAAAUACAGGUUGUACCCCCCCCCCCCCCCCCCCACCUUUUUAACUGAGCAGUAUUAUCAUCACAGUAACAACUUCAGCUUCAACAUGGAGUCUAUAACUGUCUCUCUGUCUAACCGAGACAGUUCCAUCAUGACAUGCCUUAUUGAAAGAAAAAUAAAACAAACUCGACAUAUCGCAUCAAUCUUUCAAAGUCUAAAAUAAGCAGAGUGCAAAAGAGGUCACAGUCUGAAGUGACGUCAAUAAGCAGCUCGGUGUGCACGCAAUAAUGUGUGACUGGUCUCAUUUAGACUCUAAAUUGGUUUCUACCGAGGAUCCGGCGAUUCUUAAGUGAUUAAUUUUAUUUUGGGUUUGUUGUGUCCCUCUUUGCCUUGUUGACAUUUACACUGAUGGGAAUUUGAGCUUUAGUAAAGAGCAAGCCAACAGGUCAGUGAUGAGUAGCGAAAUUAUAAAACCAGCAGAUUAGUUUCUAGCCUUUUUUAUUAUUAUUUAACUCCUGCAAAAUAUCAACAUGCAUGGAUGUCAAAGUGGCUCAUGGUGCAAAAUGUUUUCCCAUAUUGCCAGUUGCAUGAUUUCAUCAGCUCUUGUCUUUGAGACAUUGCCAAUUUGUUUCUGUUGUGCCAUCAAUGGUGUGUUUUUGUAAACAAAUGCUAUGAUGGAGCCAUUGUGGAAAGAGCCAUCAAGUGGUUUCUGAAAGUUAUUUUAGAAAUGUGUGGCUCAGGGAUAUUUCAAGACGGCGAAUUAUCCAGACAAGAAUGGGCGGAAAGUAAUUAUGGAUGAAUGCUGUUUAUGAUGUCUCAAGCCAUUUGACAAGUUAAAUCCUUCAUUACUCUCAUGGGGUCUUGAGCGGCUGUUUGACAAGUUUGACACGUCGCAUUGGCUCUGAAAGACAACAAAACAAAUGUAAGUGAAGUAAUGACAUGGCUCAGAGAGAAUUGCAGCUUUUAUUUGUAAAUGAAAGUGUUUUUGUUGGCUCCUGUUUCAUGCAGCAGCAGUUUUUGCCUUUCAUGUAUAAAGAUUCACAUGAAAUAAAAGUGAAUUAGAUGAAUGUGUUUACAUGAAUGCUUCACUUUGAAAACAUCCUGCUGGUUAUUUUUCCGUGCUAGGCUAACAUUACUGAGCUGCAUUAACACAACAUUUAGACAGGACAAAUAAUAGUGCAUAAAAAUGUUCUGGUUUUGUAUUGUUUACUUAUGAAUUCACCUGCUGUAUUUUUAGCUUCUGGAGUUUAAUACAUUUCUUUGGGUCAUUAUGCAGCCAUCGAGUUUGAAAGAAAAAAAAAUCUGUAAAAUAAAUAAAUAAAAGAAUGAAAUAUAUUUAAAGCAAA